GACUGUAUAGCAGAUUCUCAUUUGACAGUGCUACUAGUUUAGUGAAGAGGGUGUGUGAGGAUUGAUUCUUAGCAGAAGACACGAGAUCGUGUUAUUAAAAUCGGCAACUUGUAUAUACUUGAUUUUAAAUUUGGAAUUUAAAGCGUUUUCGUGCAAAUAGCAAUUAAUAUAAAUCCACAAUGAGUUCAUCAGGACUUGCAGAAGAUAGUCCUAUCUACGGACCAUUUUUCGGUGUUAUGGGCGCCGCCUCCGCCAUUAUAUUCUCUUCUCUUGGAGCGGCGUAUGGAACAGCUAAAGCUGGUACAGGAAUCGCCGCUAUGUCGGUGAUGAGACCUGAACUUAUCAUGAAGUCUAUUAUUCCUGUUGUUAUGGCGGGUAUUAUUGCCAUUUAUGGUUUAGUUAUAGCAAUUCUUAUCGCAGGUCAAUUACAUCCACCUACGCAAAAUUAUACCUUGUUUGCGGGUUUCAUUCAUUUGGGUGCUGGAUUAGCCGUUGGAUUUUCUGGUUUAGCAGCUGGAUUUGCUAUUGGAAUAGUUGGUGAUGCUGGUGUAAGAGGUACAGCUCAACAACCACGUUUAUUUGUUGGUAUGAUCCUGAUCCUUAUUUUCGCCGAAGUAUUGGGUCUUUAUGGACUUAUCGUAGCCAUCUAUCUUUACACUAAAACAUCUGGUAAUAAUUAAUUGCGGGAAUCACGAAACUGUCGCCUGCAAAAGAAGAGAAAUUGCCAAGAGCAAGGCUCCCUCAAACUAUAUAAAUAUUAUCAAGAAUUUCGACGUUCCAUUUAUUCAUUGUGUGUAUUAAUAUAAUACACAUAUCCAUCAACACAUCUUUAAAUAUAUUACACGUCGAAGAUUAAAAGGUAUUAAUGAAAUUGAAAUGAAAAAAAAUAUUAAUAAAAAAAACCAGAAACGAAUGAACGAAAAAAAAAAAUAUAUAUAUAUACAUACAUACAUAUAGAUUCAGUCGCUUGUUUUACACAGUGACAAAAGAUUUAUUUAAAACUUUGCGCAUGAUUUUUAUGUAGUCAGUCUGCUGGGAGACUUUUUAAAUAAAGAAAAGAGUUUACAAUUGUUUGCCGGACAAUUUAACGUACAGUUGUAGAUACUUCAUUUUUAAUUUAAUUUUUAAUAUUAAAAAAGGAUUAAAAACUCAAAAAGACAGGCGACAGAUAAAGCAAGAGAGCAUUAACCUCGAUUCCUCCAUGUCUCAUUAAAAAAAAAAAAGAAUUUUCUCUUUAAUUGUUUAGCUAUAAUUUGUAGUAUAGUUUGUCACAAAUUAUUGAUUAAACAAUAAAUAAGUCGGCUCUAUUAAAUGUAAAAAAUACAGAGAAGAAUAUGGUUCUAUUAAUUAAUAAAAUAUUUAGCACAAUUACUGUAUUAUGCAAGUGAAGAGGAGUAAAUGUUCAGUUUAUGCAAAAGAAUAAAUCAUUAACGUAUUUACAAACAAAAAAAUAUCAGCAUAAUUACAUUAAAAAAAAAAAAAAAUAAUGACGAAGAAAUGUUUUUGAACAAACAAAGAUUCAUAUGCGGGGACUUUGUGAGUUAUCAAUUUAAAAAACGAUAUGUAUGAUAGUAUUAAGUCAAUUUGAGAGGCCGCAGACAUAAUGAAUUUGGAUAUAAAGAUAAGAAAAAAUUAAGGAAUUAUGUGUUCCAUGAUACUAUGUAUUAUCAAAGUAUCAAUUAAACUAUUUACUACAUUAAUAAUACUGUAAAGAGUCACUACAGAGGCCAGUAGUUGAUUCAAAUCCAUUUACAUUAUGUCAUGCAUAAUUUAAAGUAUCAAGGAAUGUAAAAAAAAAAAUUAAUAAUAAUAAUAAUAUUAAUUAAUUAAGAACAAGUAGAAAGAAGUGUGUACGGCAAAUAAAAAUUGUAACAAUUUGUACAUUCCAUAUGAAUUUGAGUCAUUACGAGCGGGCACAAAAAUUUUAUUAAAUUUUUGAAGAUUUCGAAGAAGAGUCCACAGAGUUGAUUGUAAGGGAGCUGACAAUCAUCUUUGUUUGAUUCUAAAAUAAUUUUUAUUAUCAAUUGUUAUAUUUUAUCUUAGUUUUUUGGAUAUCAACUUAGUGCUCGCUCGUUUAUAUUUGAUCAACGCAGUAUCUCUUAUUACUAUUACUCAAAAAGACCUUUGAGCUCAACAUAUAGACGCAUUUCCGGGCGAGAGUUUGUUUACGAUCGCGUUUGAUAAUAAUAGUUUAUUGUACAACUGGAAGAUAAGUCUGCAUAUCAUGUGGUUUCUUGCUCGAAACUGCUUCUAUAUCUGUUUAUUCAUCACUGAUAAAAUUUUCAAACAUCUGGAAAGAGAUUAAAUAAAAAGAAAUGUUUAAAAAAAUUAAAGCCUGCAAGCAGAUUGACUUAUGAUUAUCAAAAGCAAAUAAAAAUGAGCCUCGGUGAGCGGUGGUAUGUGCCCUCGUCGGAGUCUUCAUGCUAAUUCAUCAACAUCAUAUAAGUCCUUAUUAUUCCUCUUCCCCUCUCUCCCUUCAUUUAUAGAAACCUAAAAAAGUAUAUCUCGAAAAGUAAAUUACUUAUUGAAACAUUUGAAAAAAUAAAUAAUAAUAUACUCGUUACAAAUAUAUAUAUAUAUAUCUAUUUCUGCAUAGAGUGCAUGUGAUGUAUAUAACACCUUCAAUGCUUGAUGCUAUGUAAGUGCACAUAUAAAAUUUCAUAAAGGUAUUAAUCUUUACCAAUACCUUAAGUAGUACGUGUGAACAGUAUUCAAUGUGUUGAUGUAUGUUUGAAAAAGAGAGAUCGAAAAAAAGAGAGAAUGAUUAAGUGAUUAUAUUGAGCGUUUAAAUGUGAUGUAAAAGGAGAUAAAAAUUGUAAUAGAAAUGGAGAAACACUGGUAGAGGGAGGAGAGAAUGCCACCGCCACCCCUUCAAGUACUAUCUUCCAGUGUUACUAGUAGAUUUAUUGUUGAGCGCAGAGAGUGAUACUGAUUUAAUAAAUAAUUAUUUAUGUUAAAAUAUUUCUCCUCGAUGUUACAGAAUCAACCGUGUUUAAUAAAAUUUAAUUUGGACAA